AUGACCGUACCGACUUCGCAGGAGGCUCUCCGGCCCCUCUAUCGCCCCGCCAGACCUGUUCCCUUCGAGCUUGCCCAACACGCCUCCAUCUUCUUGGAGGAGAAACUCUACACCCAGGGCCUCAAUUUUCUCCUGAACAUCCUCACUUCCGGCACCGUCGCCUCAACCCCGGCCCUUGUUCCCCCCGUACAACACCUCGCCGUCGCAGCGACCUUCCUCGUGCACCCCGCUACCACCACCCGCGCAAAAACUGCCGAGGAGGAAGAGGCGCCUCACGCGGCGCUACGCCUUCUUCGACUCACCAACACCCUCGUCGGGCCCAUCGCCUCGAAACUCGGCCCCGCGUUUUCUUUCAGUCACCUAGAGAUAUCCCGCCAUGGGGGCCGGCGUCGCGCGGAUGACACCCCCGUUCGGGGAGACCUGUCGGCCGAUGACGCGAGACCCUUGAACCUGGACCUCGGCCAGUCGCAGUCCCUCUGGUCUCGCGCAGGAGACUUCUGGCAUGCCGUCGGCUGGGCCUUCAACUGUUCUGUCCUCCACCACGAGCGCUGGGCGCGAUGGCAAGUGUGGCUCGAGUUCAUGUGCGAUGUCCUCGAGAGUGACUGGAACGAGCGAACCCGACACCGCCACAGAGACAAGACCAAAGAGCAAGACCCUUCCCUUCAGAUCCUCAAAGACAGCCUGAUCUUCCAAUACAUCGACGAAGCCAGUGCCGUCUACGGGCGGAACCGGCGCAUCGUCCGCUCCAUCUUCGCCGACGGGGGCUCAACCUCCAGCAACGAGUUCCGCGAGGUCUUCUCCCACGAGCUCAAACACGCCGCCAAGACCGACAGCGCAAACGGCAAAAAGCGCAGCGCGCAACGCCCGCAAAGCCCCCGCCCUAGGCCCCGGCAUCAACACGCCCGCCGGCCCUACGGCGGCUCCGCCCCCAGCACCGGAAUCAUCGUGCCCAUCAACGAAAUCCCCACCAAACACAUCCCCUACAUGCACGGCGACGUAGGCUUCUUCGGGGGCAUGCGAUCGCUCGCCCUCCGCCAACGUCUCCUGCACCUCCUCUCCACCGUCUCCGAAUUUCUCCCCGAAGACUUCACCCCCCUGGAAGACCUCUACCAUCUCUUCGCCGAAAACAUCCGACACCUGCCCCUCCCCAUCUUCCAGGCCUUCAUCAGCCCCACCGUCCUCCCCUCCUUCUCCCCGGCCGCCCAAACCACCCUCUGCGAAUUCCUCCUCUACCGCAUGCGCGAGACCGCCGCCCCCACCUCCGACGAAGAGUACCUCAACCAGGGAAAACUCGUCCAAUGCUUCCUCCCCUACUCCGCCAAUACAUCGAGUACCUCCGACAACGCCAAAAUCUCCAUCAUCCUGGAGUCCCUCCUCAUUCUCCUCGCCGAUAGCAGCAUGUUGACCUCGGAUCCGGCGUUGGAUCGCGCCGUCCGCGAUGGCAUCGAUGCCCGCGCGAGGAAGUCUCAGCGCGAGUCCCGUAGGGAUGAUGGCUCGCAGUUCGCCGAUCAUAUCGAGUAUACCUGGUUGGCGGAGAGUGCGGAGCGGCUGCUGUUUUUGGUCGAUGAGUUUCUGCCGCAUGUCGAGGGGACGGCUAUGGUGGAAUGAACGAAUGAACGAAACAACGGAUGAAUGAAUGAAUGAAUGAAUGAAUGAAUGUUUAGUGGGGGUUGGUUGGUGCGUUGGAAGUUUGGCGGAAGAUGAAAGCUUUUUCGGGCGUGUGUUUGGGCUUUUUUUUUUUAUUCCAGAGUAG